ACCAAAAUAAAAUUAGCAAAGGUUAAUCAUGUGACCCAAAGUCCUGCAAAUUCCUCAAGUACUCCAGCACUUGGUUUGUUAAAGUGCAAUAUUCCAGAGAAACAACAAGCAGCAGUUGUAGAAAUGCACCUUCCAGAAGCCCAAAGGAAACAGGUACAAUCAGAGGACAAUGGCAACGCAGCACAAGAGCAGAAGUUAAAUAUACCUUGCUCUAAAGGAAUCCAGGCUAAAGAUAGGGUGGCUAUAGAAAAUGGUCUCUCUCCUGAGCCAACACCAUGCCCUGAGCCAGCCCCAGAUGAGGGCUUCAAUUUACAUUUGGACUCAAGUCCAGAAAGUACGCCAAGGAAAAUAAUUACAGCACAGUCACCAGUGAAGGAAGUAAAAAAAGAAAGAGCAGAAAUAAAACCUCAAGAUGCAGCUCCCAAGCAGUUGGUUCGGACUCUGUUCACAAAUAAAACCUCUGAGACAAUUGAGAGCAGGACAUGUUUGCCAAAGAUUGCCUUAGCAUCAAAAUGUGGUGGUUUGCUUUCAUCUGAAGAACAUAUUCGAAAACCAAAAGAUGUAGUAAAAGAUAGCGAUAAGCAGCUGAUCAUAGAUGCAGGACAAAAGCGGUUUGGAGCCAUUUCUUGCAACAUUUGUGGGAUGCUCUAUAGUGCUUCAAAUCCUGAGGAUGAAACUCAACACCUACUCUUCCACAACCAGUUCAUAAGUGCUGUAAAAUAUGUGGGCUGGAAAAAAGAGAGAAUUUUGGCUGAGUAUCCUGAUGGCAAGAUAAUAAUGGUACUUCCUGAUGAUCCAAAAUAUGCACUAAGAAAGGUUGAUGAAAUCAGAGAGAUGGUAGAUAAUGAUCUGGGAUUUCAACAAGCUCCUCUUACAUGCUCCAGAACUAAGACAUUGUUAUUUAUUUCUAAUGAUAAAAAAGUAACAGGAUGCUUAAUCGCCGAACAUAUCCAAUGGGGAUACAGAGUUAUCGAAGAAAAGAUACCAGAAGUUAGUUCAGAAAACGAGAAAGUCACAUUUGAAAGGCAAAAGGCUUGGUGCUGCUCAACAUCUCCUGAACCUGCUAUCUGUGGAAUUAGUCGCAUCUGGGUGUUUAGCAUGAUGCGUCGGAAGAAAGUUGCUUCUCGGAUGUUAGAAUGUUUGAGGAGUAACUUUAUAUAUGGCUCAUAUUUGAGUAAAGAAGAAAUCGCCUUUUCUGAUCCUACCCCUGAUGGAAAACUGUUUGCAACACGGUACUUUGGAACUAGUCAGUUCUUGGUAUAUAACUUUCUCAGUGGACAACAACCUGCUUAGAGUGGAAAUUCAAUAGCAAAAUUAUUGUCCAGCUGCAGACAGAUAUGGGGACACUUCCUAGCAGUUAACUCAGGAGUAGUAACAACCAAAAUGUGGUUGCUGUAUUUUGUUAACUGUAAACAGUUCAAAAAGUAGGGUAAUUUUUUUAAAGGCUAUUUUUAUAUAAAGAAUGUAUUAUAUCUAUAGUUACUUAGUCAUGUUUACAUGCAGUAUAUAAUUGUUCAUAGUGGACUGUCAACUAGUGCAAGAAGUGUGGUCGCCUUUAAAGUACAUUUUGAAGUUCACAAUGAAGUAAUAUACCAGGGCAGUGACAGCAUUCCUUUUCAUUAAGAGCCUAUACAUACAUAUCACCGCUAAAGGAUGUUCUACAGCAUGACAUUCUUUAGUUUCCAUAUACAGUACAUUUUGAAUGGAAAACAAUGUUUUAAAAAAGACAGUGUUGAAUAGAUUAGCCUGAGAAGGAGGAAGCCCUGACUUUUUUCAGCAAUAGCAUACUUUUUUGUGGACUUCACUUUGAUACUUUAUUCAAAAUCCCUCCAAUUUCAGAGGGUGCAUAUGUUGAAAAAACUGCUGUGGCCUUUCUUGACCUGUAUAUAAUGUAAAGUAUUUGAUAAUUUUAAAAUAAUGUACUAAUGUUCAGUAAAUUAAUCAAUGCCUUUGAUAUGGUUGAAUAUUAAAAGUUGAUUGAAACACUAGUCUGAUUAUUAUAUCAAAAUGAUGAGUUGAUUACCAACUAUGCUAGCUAAAUUUUGAAGACCUAAUAUAUCGGGUUCCUAGUGUCACUAUGGAAACUUUCCAUCUAAAAGGAGACUGACAACAGUCUCUAUCUCAUUUCCAAUAGUAGCUGGUGCACUACCUCUAGGAAGCCCUACAACAUGAAGGCAUUGCAGCUCAAAACACCACUUACCUUUACAUUGUUAGUGUAACACUGGAAACAGAUUUAAAAAGUGCUGCUGUUUCACCAAAUAAAAGUUUGAUGGAAGGAGAUUUUCCACAAUUUUAAGAAUGACAGACUCUUGAAUGGUAAUGUGAUAACAUUAAUUGAAUUUAAUGAAAGAACAUUAUAAACAUACUAUAGCCACAAUUGCAGACAAUUUCAAUUCAAACAAUAAAAUGUGAGGUAGACUGGCUAGUGAAGCUAAAUUCACCAAGCUUUGGUUAAGAGAAUUUUACAUCAAGGAUUGCUUCAGACCUGAUGAACUUCUUACACAGAGAAUGUACCCCUACAUAGAGAAAAAGCAGGCAGACAAUGCAGAGCAACAUAUAUGAUGCCUACACACAGAUUUGUUAUAUAUACAUAUAUUGUAACAAAUCUGAUAUGGGAUAAUCACACUAUUGAUUUACAGUUUGCAUACCUUUCCCCCUAGAAAUAAAAAUUACCAGUAUAGGAAAUUGGUCAGAAGUGAAGCAGUCCUACGAAAAAUAUUUAAACCCUUUUCAGAGGUAACACAAAACAACUGCAUAAAUUACAGAUAUGAGUGAUUUGUUUUAUAAUUACAGAUUACAUUCAAUAUUAGCCGGUGUCUUAACUACUUAUAUUUGACAAGUCUACCGGUAAAAUAAUGCUGGCCUCUUUAAUACAUUCAUGUCACUGCCUUGCUGGCAAGGCUUGUAACCAAAAUAUUAGAUUGUAGCAUCUGGUAUCUUUUUCUGAUGUACUGUCCCAUAAAAUCAUUUAGAGAGCUUGCAUUAUUAAAGCACAUGGAUGUCAGUAAUUUCUGAAUAAAUUUCAGCUGGAAUUCAACCAAAACUCUUUAUUUCUUUGCCUUAGUGACAAUGCUUUGAAUGUGCUCUUGUCCAAUACAGAAAGAAAAUAGAUGUAUCCAGAAUCUUUCUACACAAAGCAUUCCCCAAUAUAACAGUAGUUGAACUUCUUUAUUUCCAACAAUGAUUUAAAAUAUUUCUGCACGCGUUGGUCAGUGGAGUGCACUAUAGUAAAAACCCUAACCAAAAACUGCAUAAGUGGGGUAGCAAUGUGAGUGGCAAGAACUUCAGGCAGUUACUUUGAACUACUACUGCUGAAAACCAUGUUCAGAAAGUAGUGUAUCAAGUAAGGAUAAGAAUAUGCUGUCAAGGAGAUAGUACAUUUUUCUAGGUAGAGAAUAUAGUGCUUAGAAACUGAUACCCAUAAACACAAACUGUUCUGAGAUGGUAUGUAGACAGUCUGCUACAAAUAUGGCCAAAAAACCCCGAUUGUGUGAAAAGGCGCUUAGCCUCCAAGUUCUCAACUUACACAUAUUCUUGUACCUCUUUACCUAGUGUCUAAUCACUCUUAGCACAUGGAAUUUUAAGAACUUAGUGCAAACAUCAUAUAUACAAAGAUUUUUUGAAAGUUUUUUUAUCUGCAAAGUUUGCAUUAAAAUGGAAACUUUCACAAAUUCAUCUUAUGCGGGAACAAGACCCUAGAAUGCAAGUAAUUCUACAUGUGUCUUAAUAGGCUACACAGUGAAUACACUAGCCUUGUAGUUCCUAACCGUAGUUCUUACAUAACCUACCAAAUAAAAAUUAAGGUACUCAUUAGGUAUAAGGCAGAUUUUGUAUGGGUACAAAAAAUCCCAAAUAACCUACACUAAAGUAAACAAUCGUUCAUUUGAAACAUGCUACAUUUACAUAAAGCUAUAAUAAAAUGAACAGGUAUGAAAACCAUUACUUUCCUUUUCAACUUCAAUCAAUAUAUUAUGCUUUUCAUUAUUUGUAAACAGCUUUUUCACAAGGUUAAAAAGUUGUACAAUUAACACUUUUGUUCUAAAUGCAGUUUGGCAGGUGCUUCUCAAUCGACUUCUUGUGUUUAGAUCAUAAUAAGUUUAAUGCAAAGAAUGAAAUUCUCACUAACAAAACGAAAACGGGCUGCAUAU